GGCACAACACAGGAGAACAUCUCUCCCACACAUCAAGCAGAAGUCCUUUCACGUAGCAGGAGCUGGAUGCUGUAGCUUAUCAACAUUACCCUGAGUUCCAAUUUAUUUACUUUCCCUUUUUGUUUCCAAACAAGCUAAAGGGGUUGCGCUGCUUCUGUCCCAGCAAUGUGCUGUUGUGGACCUUCUGUGAAGACUUUAUGGACACUGACAUUUGUAGAGAUUGUGCUAGUUGUGAUAGCUCGCUGGAGUGUUGCCUUGGAUUACGACUACACCACUGCUCCUGCAAGUACUUUUGAUUACUUGAUGGAUUCAGAAAACCCCGAUGAUAUCAGCUACAAGGAUCCUUGCAAAGCCGUUGCCUUUUGGGGAGAUAUAGCUUUAGAUGAAGAGGACAUGAAGCUCUUUCGUGUUGACGAGGCCAGUCUCUCAGCUAAGCUCUCGGCCGGAACUAGAGGACACACUUCAGGUGGAGUUGGGGAGCAAAGCAGUCUUUCUAGCCAGAAUUCCACUACACCUGCAAACCAUAAAAGCAGAAAAGUUAAAAAGGACCCAAAGCGGAGAUACAUUCAAGGCAGCAGACAAAAGAAGAGAAAUCCAAAAAGCAGAGCUUCAGGAGCUGAUGAGGCAGUGAGCAGGGUGCGCAGGGCAGCUACAUCUCGCCAGGAGAGGAUAUGGCCUGGUGGUGUGAUUCCCUAUGUGAUAGGAGGAAACUUCACCGGUUCUCAAAGAGCUAUUUUUAAGCAGGCCAUGAGACACUGGGAGAAAUUCACCUGUGUCACCUUUAUUGAAAGGACAGAUGAAGAGAGUUUUAUCGUCUUCACCUAUAGGCCUUGUGGGUGCUGUUCUUAUGUGGGCAGGCGUGGUGGAGGACCCCAAGCCAUUUCCAUUGGCAAGAACUGUGAUAAGUUUGGCAUUGUUGUCCAUGAACUUGGUCAUGUUGUGGGCUUCUGGCAUGAACACACACGUCCGGACAGGGACCACCACGUCUCUAUUAUCAGGGAAAACAUCCAGCCAGGACAGGAGUACAAUUUCCUGAAGAUGGAACCUGGCGAAGUGAAUUCUCUGGGAGAGACCUAUGACUAUGACAGUAUAAUGCACUAUGCCCGGAACACCUUCUCAAGGGGUGUGUUCCUGGAUACCAUCCUCCCACGCAGAGAUGAUAAUGGUGUGAGACCUCCUAUUGGGCAGAGGGUUCGCCUCAGCAAGGGCGACAUUGCACAGGCACGCAAACUCUACAAGUGCCCAGCUUGUGGAGAAACUCUGCAAGAUUCAUCAGGCAAUUUCUCAGCACCAGGAUUUCCAAAUGGCUACCCCUCAUAUUCCCAUUGUGUUUGGAGGGUGUCAGUGACUCCUGGGGAAAAGAUUAUUCUCAAUUUCACAACCAUAGAUCUGUUCAAGAGCCGUCUGUGCUGGUACGAUUACGUGGAAGUGCGUGAUGGCUACUGGAGAAAGGCUCCUUCUUUGGGCAGGUUCUGUGGAGACAAAGUUCCUGAACCAAUCAUUUCUACUGACAGCAAGCUCUGGAUUGAGUUUCGCAGUGGCAGCAACAUCCUUGGUAAAGGAUUCUUUGCUGUAUAUGAAGCUAUCUGCGGAGGGGAAAUUAACAAGGAUGCGGGACAAAUUCAGUCGCCGAACUACCCAGACGACUACCGCCCCUCAAAAGAGUGCGUCUGGAAAGUCACAGUGACCGAGGGCUAUCACGUGGGGCUUGCCUUUCAAGCCUUUGAGAUUGAAAGGCAUGACAGCUGUGCUUACGACUACCUGGAAGUCCGCGAUGGAGCUUCUGAAGACAGUCCUUUGAUUGGGCACUACUGUGGCCAUGAAAAACCAGACGAUAUAAAAUCCACGUCUAACAGGCUGUGGAUAAAGUUUGUUUCAGACAGCUCCAUCAACAAAGCAGGAUUUGCUGCCAACUUUUUCAAAGAGGUUGACGAAUGCUCCAGGCCUGAUAACGGGGGCUGUGAGCAGCGCUGUGUGAACACACUCGGUAGCUACAAGUGUGCUUGUGACCCCGGGUACGAAUUGGCACCAGACAAGAGGAGUUGUGAGGCUGCAUGUGGUGGCUUUCUUACCAAGUUGAAUGGCACCAUCACCAGUCCUGGCUGGCCGAAGGAAUACCCCACCAAUAAGAACUGUGUGUGGCAAGUGGUGGCUCCUUCCCAGUACAGGAUCUCUCUACAGUUUGAGGUUUUCGAACUGGAGGGCAAUGACGUUUGUAAAUAUGAUUACGUAGAAGUGCGCAGUGGACUUUCCUCCGAUUCCAGGCUGCAUGGAAAAUUCUGUGGUUUGGAAAAGCCUGAAGUCAUAACAUCUCAGUUUAACAACAUGAGAGUGGAGUUCAAGUCAGAUAAUACUGUCUCCAAAAAAGGGUUCAAGGCCCAUUUUUUCUCUGAUAAGGACGAAUGCUCCAAGGACAAUGGUGGCUGUCAGCAGAACUGUACCAACACAUUUGGGAGCUACCAGUGUCAGUGUCGAGAUGGGUUUGUUCUACAUGAAAAUGGUCACGACUGCAAAGAAGCGGGCUGUGAGUACAAGAUAACCAGUGUGGAAGGAGUGAUCCGCAGCCCCAACUGGCCUGAAAAGUACCCUAGCCGCAAAGAGUGCAAGUGGGAGAUUUCCUCUACAGCUGGUCACCGUGUUAAGAUUGUGUUCAAUGAAUUUGAAAUAGAGCAGCAUCAGGAAUGUGCCUACGACCACCUCGAGCUGUAUGAUGGCCCCAACAGCAAGUCACCAAUACUUGGCCGCUUCUGUGGCAGCAAAAAGCCAGAGCCAGUCAUAUCCACCUCUAACAAGAUGUUCCUGCGCUUUUACUCUGAUGCCUCUGUUCAAAGGAAAGGAUUUAAUGCAAAGCACAGCACAGAAUGCGGUGGCCGCUUGAAAGCAGAGAUCCGAACAAAUGAUCUCUACUCUCAUGCCCAGUUUGGGGACAACAAUUAUCCAAGCCAAGCUGACUGUGAUUGGGUGAUCAUGGCUGAAGAUGGGUAUGGAGUAGAGCUUAUCUUCCAGACAUUUGAGAUUGAGGAAGAGUCAGACUGUGGCUAUGAUUAUAUGGAGAUCUACGAUGGUUAUGACAGUACAGCACCAAGGCUCGGCAGAUUCUGUGGCUCAGGUCCUCCAGAAGAAAUCUACUCAGCAGGAGAUUCCAUAAUGAUUCGCUUUCAUUCGGAUGACACCAUUAACAAAAAAGGAUUCCAUGCUCGAUACACCAGCACCAAAUUUCAGGAUGCACUGCACAUGUGAAAAGCAUGCCCUAGGACUUCUUCAACCUUUACAAUAACAGAUAUACUAGGUUACUGUAAAAACAUCAAAAAGAUUAUUUUACAGUAAAAAAUCAAGUCAAAUUCAGGAGUCUCACUUAAGGGUAUUUUUCUGUAAGAUAAUUAUAUUGAAAUAGUGUAUAAGAUACCCUAAAAACAUCUAUAUAUAUAUGUAUAUGCAUAUAUACAGUAUAUAGGUUUUCAAGCAUGCCAAUUACCUGCUGAUCAGGACCAAAAAAUAGUUGUUUACCAAGCCAUAGAGAAAAAAAAAUAUAUAUAUGGUAAUAUAUAAGGUUAUUAGGUAUGCUAAAGAAGAAAAUGAAAGAAACUGCAUAUAUCAUCCUGUGUGAAUUUUGGAGUUUUAAAAUUCCAUUUCCAGUAUUUAGGCAGCAUUCAUGACUGCCCACAUUUCAACAGUUACUGUAUUUCUUAUAGUCCAGUACAGCUGCCUGAAAGGCACCCCUUGAUUUACUAGAUUUCUGUCUUUUUACACUAUGACAAUUAAGAAUUGCAUUCUUUGGUACAUGUGACAUAUCUAAUGGUUUGAUUAUCUGUGAUUGUUUAAAAUUGAGGUGUUGUUCAAAAACAGUAAUUUAUUUUGGUCAGAGAUGGAAGGAUUUCAGAAAUUAGCAAUUAGACUAGAGUAAUUCCUUUGCCCUGCAUUUAGAAGAUAGUUUAUCCUGAAGUAAGGCAUCUAUUUGAAAGUGUAUUUCUGUAGGGAAUGACAAAGUCAGCCCUGUUACUGAUUUUCAGAGGCAGUUUUGGGGAUUAGGUGGGUGUAACCUCAGGACAGAAGACCAGAAGUAUGUUUUUCGUACUUCACGUACCAGUCUGAUGAAGUCAAGGAGUUUUGAUAAGGAAUGAUAAGAGCUUUUUUAUUUGCUCCUGUUUCGACUUGGUUUGGAAAAGGACUGCACUUCUGCAAAGCAGCAGCAGUGUUCUCAGUAGGAUUAAGAACUGAUAGUGUUUUGUAGGACUUUUUCAUACUGUGAUUAAGUAGUCAUGUUUGUGUGAAACAUCUGUGACAAAGACUGUUGAUCAGAAGGAUUUUCAUGCUGAAAGACCUUCUCUCUAAUACCACCAUAACUAAACAGUAAUAUAGAUAAUACAGAAAAGUGUGGCCUGCUCCAAUAUUCCAGCUAGCCUCAUGCUCAGGUAAAAGUGCAUUCCCAGCUCCCAUGACCCUCCAGGCGGUUUUCAGUAGUUCUCAUGGUGCAGCAGCCAGGCUGUGGCCCACAGCUCUAGCCACUGAUGCUGCGGUGUUCCUCUGAUGUACAUGGAAUCCUGAAAGGAUAGAGCAAGAUGUCUCCGAAAUACAAGAUACAGACAGGUUUAAAACUUACUUAAUCCCUGUUUUUUGUUUCUUUAGAAAAAUUGAUUUACUGUAAGGUUUGUGUUAAUGCGUACAUAGCAUCCUAGGCUAUUUCACUACUCCAAACAUUUGUUGAAAGCUCUUUAAGCACAUUCUUUAAAUUCAUAUUUAGCACUGAAAUAAUUGUCCGCUCAGUCUUUUUAGCGGUGAAGAAUAAAUGUGGUUUAAGCCUCGGCUCAAACGUUUCAAGAUGCGGGGUUCUCUAUCACAUUCCUUAGACUUGCAGUAAUUACAAUACAGGUAUGUGAUAAAUUGCCAAAUACUUAUUGAUUUGAAUUUGGUGCCAUCUUAGGUAAACAAACCACAAAAAAUACAAUGUUGAGAAGAUCCUUUUUUUUUGUUUUAGUAUUGCCAGUUAUUUUUACUAUACCCACCUGAUUUGGCAGUUGUGUGUCUUUCAUGUCUCGGGUUGCAGUUGUGAACCCAGGGACCACAAACAUGAGGCAGUUCGAGGAAGACGAGGCAGAUUCCACUGACCCACCCAGCUUUCAUUCACUCGUACUUUAACACAUCAUGGGCUCUGCCCAAAGAUCAGCACCAACUGGAGAAGAGUCACGUCCCUCACCAACAGCACUACAUGCCAACAACUCUACCAGGAGUCCUCUAGGCCCACUGAGAACUGAGAGAAUCCUGGCCGAAACAAUCACACCCUACCCCUGGCAGUGCUCAGCCAGUAGUGCUCUGCCAUUCAGGGAAUCCAGUCACAGGCCCCUAGUUACUUAACUAGCAUCAGACAAGGAGCCCAAACAGCACUUUUACUCAUGGAGCCACUUAUUUUUAAUCUAAAAUUAAGAUACAGCCAACAUGAGAAGACCAGCGUUUCUGUCACCAAUUCACUCUCAGGGUGUUUACUUCAUAGGUGUAAGAAAACCUAUUGAAGGAUCAGUUUAGCUUGGUGUGAUAAAUGUACAAUUCAUGUCCUCAACAACAGGUACUCGAGCAAUAAUUAGUCAUUUGCCAUAGUGCAGAAUCUGAAACAUUGUCAGAUAUGAUAUGCUGUUUAAUAAGGAUGCAAUUAGUAUCAAAGACACAGGAUAUAGAUUUAUAUAAUCAAUAGCACAGAGAUUGCUCUACUAGUUUCUGAGCGGUUUAUUUCCAAAAAUUAAGAUAUGUACAAAAAAGUACAAUACUAAAUAUGAACAGCUGGUACCAUGCCAUUUGUAUAAAUACAGUAACAUAAAAAACUAUUUAAUGCAGUAAGAACACAUGACGAGAAUGAGAACAUCAUUUUGAACUAUAUUUUUUAUUAUUCUUCAUUGAGUCUGAAAAUAUAUUUGUAACCCCUGCAUACUGGAAUGAGAGAGGAUUUUUUAGCAUUUCUGAUUUGAAUUUCAAUGUUUUGAUUUUUUUUUCUCUAGGUACUUGUUUACUGUGCAAAUUCACAUCUUGAAUUUGUAAUCGUUUUAGGGUUGUCCUUGAACUGCUUUUCAGUUAUUUUCAAGAACCUUCCCAUAUUUCAUUGUUGUGCUUAAAGUGCUUGAACAUAAAAUCUCAUGAGUAAAGAAAAUAAACCAUGAAGAUGUACAUUCUUUCCCAUACCUAAUUGGAGCCUUCUUGAGAACUUAAAACCAGAUCUACGGUUAGUCAUUGUACUUUUUUAUUCAGAAAAUAAGUCAGCUCAAUGUUCCAUUAAAUAUUGUGUCAUGAGCUAACCUGGUCUUCAAAAUAGUCCUAAAAUCUGCACAAAUUCAUAUGCUCAUCUGUAUUUUUAAAUUAACUUCAAAUAUCUUUAUAGCUAUAAAAGAUUCCCUGUAUGUUUAACCACUUGUAAAUCUAAGAAUAUGUCAAGGAAAUGUACUGUAUUCCCAUCAUAAUAGUCUGCCAUAAUUCAGAUUCACACAACAGAAGUCAUUAUAUUAUCUUAUAUCCUCAAAAGUAAAUAAAUUGACAUUUUUUAAAUGAAUGACACAUACUGAACUGUAUGUCUAUGACCUGUAUGCAAUACUGAGGAAUUCCAAUAGAGAGUUAUUUUGAGAAGAGGGUGAAUAGUAAAGGUCGCUCAUACGCAUGAACGUAAGCGGUUGCUGGCAUUCUCCAUACACAUGACAUUCAAACUGGAAAAAAACAAAGAUGUCACCAGCUUUUAGGAUUUUAAAACAAUAAGGUCCUUGACAACAUUUGCUGUGAACCUUCGCUAUUAUUCUCAGAUCAGUCCUCCACUGAGUCUUACUUGAACCUGCUUUCCAUUGGGUAAUUCAUUUCAUAAAAGGUGCUGCUGUUGUAUGUUGUUUAUUGUACUGUAUAUCAACCACUGUUUAUUCAUGGGAAUGUGAAAACACAGACUACAACUAGGGCCCAUAAAAUGUUCAUUAAUACUAAUGUGCAGUCCCGGAACAAAAGUGUUUUUUUUUUUAAUCCAAACUAUGGAUCACAGAUCACAAAGUGACAAUUCCAAAACAAUGAAGAUAAAAAAUCAUAGAAUCGUACAUGCAUGUCAGUAUAUACCUUUUUGUUCCUUUAAAAAAAAAUCAUAGAGUAUAUAUGCAUGAAAAAUCACAGGUGUAUCAAUUGUUAAAAUUUAGAACAAGGACAAUAGUUUUAAAAAAUAUUGAUGAGAACAUCAGUAUUACAGUUUAUGAUAUUCACCACCAGGGCUUUUAUUAAUUUUAUUUGUUAAUCUUUUUAAGCUUAUAACCAAGUUUCAGGUUGUUUGUUUUGUGUAUUAUUGUGUAGUGACUGCAAAAACUCAGACCUCAUUCUUAUCUUAUACAGUACCACUCAUUAUGGACUGAGUAGAUAUUGUAUUGUAAACUAAGAGAAUUGGCUAUUAUAUCCUUUUUGUCAUUGCAAUGCCUUGCAAUGUGUUCUAGAUAAAAUAUGCUACAUAAGUUAGCAUUAAUAUAGUUUUUUUCAUUGUUACAUAUAAAACUAUAUAUAGCACUAAAUGUCUGCGUUGGUUUAAUGUAUGUGUGUAGAUGUCUGUUUUUGGUUUAUUAUGUAUUGACUGGGAUUAUAUUUAAUGAUCCUAAGUGCCUGAAAGGUACACACUUGGUAUUAAAACAGGAUUUUAAAAUA